UUAUAUAAACACUCUGAAACCUACCUGUAUUUUCAAGGCGAAAUUUCAUAUUACGCAUAACGCCCACAAGAUGGAAAGCUAGUUUCUCUCCUCUUUUCUUCUUUAAUAAUCUGCAAUUAUUAUCCUCUGUUCAACUACUUCGAUUUCCCCCCUUCUCUAAUUUCCCCGCCUAUCUGUGUUCCCUUUCUGUCAUCCUCUGCCUUUCAUAGAUUGAAAUUUCGGGUUUCUUUUGGAUUUUAAUUUUACAUUUUGUGUAAUUCACCCAGGAGGCUGGUUCUUGAAAGUCAGGUGAUUCAGAAUAUAGAUCCAGAUUUCUAUGUUUCUUUGGUAAAUAUUUUCUGUUUUGUUCGACUUGGAGGGUGGUUUUUUGAAGUCCCUCGAGUUGGUUGCAGAAACAAACCUUGGUUUUUUUUUUUUCUUGUUCUGGCUUUUCUCCUCUUUUUCUCCAAGUAGAAUUUUAUUUUCUUUCUUUGUGCAAGUUUUGUAAGUUUCUUGACAAGUUACAUGGCAGCAGCUAUAGAUAUUUACAGUGGAAUCUCAACGCCGGUUUACUCUUCGGAUCCUUUUAGCGAGGAAUUAAUGAAAGCACUUCAACCUUUUAUGAAAAGUGCUAUUUCAACUUCUUCUUCUUCUUCUUCUUCUUCUUCUCUAUCAUUGCCUUCUCCUUCUAUUUCUUCUCAGCCUUGGUUAAGCCCUGACUUUUGCUCCCCGUCGAGUACCCGCUUGUUUUCUCAAGGGUUCUCGGGAAUUGAACAAAUGGGUUUUGAGCAAUCAGGUCCGAUCGGGCUAAACAAUCUCACCCCUUCUCAAAUUCUCCAAAUUCAAGCUCAAAUUCAACUACCCCAAACAACGAUGUCUUCCUUCUCUUCUUCAUUCCAGUCCCAAUACCAUAACUUCCUUGCCCCUAAAUCCAUCCCCAUGAAGCACAUCGGCUCUCCACCUAAGCCCACCAAACUCUAUAGGGGAGUCCGGCAGCGGCACUGGGGGAAAUGGGUGGCCGAAAUCAGACUCCCAAAGAACCGAACUAGACUCUGGCUUGGGACUUUCGACACGGCCGAGGAGGCUGCUUUGGCUUACGACAAAGCUGCUUAUAAGCUCCGUGGGGACUUUGCUAGGCUCAACUUCCCACAUCUUAAACACCAAUUCGGAGACUUCAAACCUCUUCACCCUUCUGUGGAUGCGAAACUUCAAGCAAUUUGCCAGGGCUUGAAACAGGGGAAAACAGAGAAGCUCUGUUCUGCUGAGGAUGAAAAACCAACGACCAGUGCACUUCCAUCCGAAUCAAACGCAGUGGUUAACAAUUUUUGGGAGCCAGAAUUGAAAAGUGAAGUGGAAACCUCAUCUUCAUCUUCAUCCUCAUCUCCUUUACGGUCUGAAGAUUAUUCCAGCGAAUCUUCCCCUGAGUCAAGUAUCAGCUUCUUGGACUUUUCAGAUCCUCAAUGGGGUGAAGGAGUAGAAGCAUUUUGUUUGGAAAAAUAUCCUUCUGUUGAAAUUGAUUGGGCAGCUCUGAGUCAGCUGGCGGAAUCAGAAUGCUAAUUAGUAAUGUUUUUCUAUGUAAUUUGUGGUUUUUGAUAAUGGUGUCUAGUUUGUUGCAAAGAUUCUGCAAUGAAAUUUUAGGCAUUUGCAGAGUUCUUGUGUUAAAUGAAAGUUUAGGGGUGGGGAGUGUAAGUUUGUCUGUAAUGGGUUGUAUUCCAUGGUGGUCUGCAGGUUGUUUUUUCUUCUCUUGCAUGACCAUUUUGGUUAUAUGAGUCUUUUGCAAGUUGAAAAUGUAAGUAAGCACUUUGUGUUUUUAAUACAUAUGUUGGUCUCUUGUAGUCUCUUCUUGCCU